CCCCCACCUCACCUCACCUCACCUCACCUUCUCUCUCUCUCUCUCUCUCUCUCUCUCUCUCUGUAAACCCAAAUGACUGAGCUCAAAUUGAUGGGCUCUACAUCAACUAGAAGGCCUUAUUUCAUCGAAGACGACGAUGGUCUUGCUUCUCUUGCAGACAUGGAGGCUGGUUUCUCGGGAAACAAUCACCACCAUCACCACAACCACCCUUUCUUUUCCAGGCCUCUCUGUUACGCAGGCUCGCACAGAAGAGGAAGCAUGAGAAGCCUAUCAUCCUUCUCUGGGUCUCCUAGAUCUGGAAGGUUCUAUGAUGGUGGAAGAUUCGAGGAAUAUCAACCCCAUUUCUUACACGCUUGCUUUCUUUGCAAAAAACCCCUCGGUGAUAACAAAGACAUUUUUAUGUACAGAGGGGACACACCAUUCUGUAGUGAAGAGUGCAGACAAGAACAGAUAGAGAUAGAUGAAACAAAAGAGAAGAAAUCGAAUGUCUCUGAUUCCAUGAAAGCUUUGAGAAAGGAUCAGAAGAGGAAAUCCAAAUCCGCCUCUCCAAACAAAGCCCGAGACUAUCCUUUCCGUACAGGCACUGUGGCAGCUGCUUAAUCAAUCUUCCAUCACCACCACCCCAAGAAAAGAAAGAAAAGAAAAGGAAAGGAAAGGAAAGGAAAGGGAAGGAAAAUCAAUGGAUUCUGUUUAAUAUUAUUAUUAGGAGAGCCCAUUAGAGAGGAGGAGAAGAAGAAGACCCAUUUUCAGUUUUUUUUUUUUUAAUUUUUUUUAACAGAAGUAAUAUAUAAAAUGUAAAAGCUUAUAUGAGGGCAUGUUUUUUGUUGCCAUUUGUGUUGGGUAUGAUCUCUCUCUGUAAUGGCUUUUUUUGGUGGUGUGUUGAAGUCUCUGUGGUUUCUUUAUUUGGGUGUUUUGAUCAUAUGCUAAUGUAAAAAGGCUUAAUACAAAGGAAUUCUCUAUAAAUUAUAUUGAGUCCCUUUUUAA